AUGCCACAGCAGACGAUCCAACUUUCCUCCAACUGGGAGUUCAAAUCCGACAAAGACUCGACAUGGCGUCCGGUCUCGCAGGUCCCCAGCAACAUCCACACCGAGCUUCAGCACCACGGGUUGAUUCCGGACCCUUUCCUCGACCUCAACGCACUCGAAGUUGACUGGGUUGCUGAACGAAAAUGGAUUUACAGGACUCACUUCGCCACGCCAACUCUUAGCAACGACGAGGGCCCGAUCAACACUCACUUCAUCAAGAUCGACUUGGUCCUCGAGGGCCUCGACACCUUCGCAGACGUGGUCCUCAACGGGGAACACGUCCUCCAGUCAGACAACAUGUUCAUCGAGCACCGUCUCCGCGACAUCGGAAGCCGUCUACAUCCCCAUGACACGAAUAAUAGCGGGGGCAGCAACAACAACACUCUCGAAAUCACCUUCCACCCGGCUACCCAACGCGGCCGGGAAUUGGUUGCUGCUCACCCUGAGCACGAGUUCAUUGUGCACCAGACCGAAGUUGCCAGGGGACCCGUGCGCAAGGCACAGUACCAUUGGGGCUGGGACUGGGGGCCGAUUCUGGUGACGUGUGGGCCGUGGAAGCCAGUGAGGUUGGAGGUGUAUGCUGGGGUGAAAGUGGAGAACGUGAGGGUUGACUACGAAGUGAGCCUGCAGGAUCGGGAUAGCGUGGUGGAAGCGGUUGUGCACGCGGAUGUUUGGGGGGCGCGUGGAGAAGUGGAAGCUCAAGUCGAGGUGUUGUUGCGGGGGAAGAGAGUGGUGCUGAUGAGGGAGCAGUUCGAUGGGGGUUCUGUGGAUGGGUCAUCAUCAUCGUGCCGGGAGUAUUCAUUCCAAAGCUUCGCGAUCCGGAACCCCAAGCUGUGGUGGCCGCGUGGUCAUGGCCCGCAGAACUUGUAUGAGGUACGAGUACGCAUCGUGGCCAGUGACGGGUCGACUGUCCUCGGCGAGGCGCCGCACCAACUGGUCGGUUUCCGCAAGGCCGAAUUGAUCCAGGAGAAAGACGGGUUCGGCCAGUCGUUCUACUUCCGCGUCAACGGCGUCGACAUCUUCUCGGGCGGCUCCUGCUGGGUUCCCGCCGACAGCUUCCUCCCGCAGAUUCCAGCUCAGCGCUACCGCGACUGGAUCCAACUGCUGGCUGAAGGAAACCAGAACAUGAUCCGGGUCUGGGGCGGCGGGGUCUAUGAACCCGACGUCUUCUACGAGGCGUGUGACGAACUGGGGAUUCUUGUCUGGCAGGACUUUAUGUUUGCCUGCGCAUCGUACCCGACGUACCCGGAGUUCCUCGCCUCUGUCACUGCCGAAGUGCGAAGCAACGUCCGUCGUCUGCGACAUCACCCCAGCAUUAUUCUCUGGUGCGGGAACAACGAAGACUACCAGCUCGUCGAACGGUACAACCUCGAGUACAACUUUGAAAGCGACAAGGACCCGGAUUCAUGGCUCAAAUCCACCUUUCCGGCACGGUAUAUCUACGAGCACCUCCUCCCAUCCCUUCUCGCCGAGGAAUGCCCUCCAUUUCCCUUCUCAUCUCAACCAUCCCCUCCUUCCCUUUGGCCCCGCUCCUCAGCACUCUACCACCCCAGCAGCCCCUGGGGCAACGGCACCAGCACCACGCUCGCCGUCGACCCAACGGUAGGCGAUAUCCACCAGUGGAAUCUAUGGAACGGCCCUGCUCAGCCCUGGCAAAAGCUCGCAGACAUGGGCGGACGGUUCAUCAGCGAGUUCGGUUUUGUCGGAUACCCACACACGUCUACGAUCCGGCAAUUUGUGACUGACCCUGCGGAGCGGUAUGCCGGGAGCCGGACCAUGGAUUUUCACAACAAGGCUGUGGUGCAGGAGCGGAGGCUGUGGACGUAUAUCGGGGAGAACUUCCGGGCUGAAUGGGCGGGUAAGCGUGAGGGGGAUGGAACAGUAGGGUUCGCGCAUCUGACCCAGGUGAUUCAGGCGGAUGCGCUGGGGGCUGGGUAUAAGUUGUGGCGGAAGGGCUGGGGAAUUGGGUCCAGCUCUGAUGGCUCUGAUGGUACCGGUACGGACACGGAUACAACAACCACACGCGAGCCAAAGGGUAGGCAGUGCGGCGGUGUGCUAGUCUGGCAGCUGAACGACUGUUGGCCGGUGGUGUCAUGGGCCAUCGCAGACUACUACCUCGUCAAAAAGCCCGCAUUCUACGCCAUAAAGCGGGCACUGGCGCCGUUGGCCGUGGGCGUGAGCCGCAAGUUCCACAACUGGACCACGCGCCCGGCUGAUGCGCUGUGGAGGCGGGACACAGGACAUGUGGACUUGCGCAAGAUGCUGACGGACAUCGAGUUUGAUGUGUGGGUGUCCAGCUCACGGCUGGAUACCGUUGACGGGAAGGUGGUUGUCAGGUUUGUGUCGGUCAAGACGGGGAAGGAUAUCAGGGAGAAAAUGGAAAAGCAGGUACAUGUGCGUGCGAACGGCUGCACCGAGGUACUGGAGAAGUUUGCGUUUGACUGGAAGGACGCGUCGGUCGCUGAGCCAGAGCACUUUGUCAUUCAGGCAGCUCUGUGGGUGGACGGCGUGCGAGUGAGCAGUGAUGUCUCGUGGCCGGAUCCGCUCAAGUAUCUGGACUUUGCGGAUAGAGGGGUCAAGGUGAAGCAUUCUGAGGGUCAGGGGGCGGUGGAAGUUUCGGCGAUGAAGCCGGUCAAAGGGUUUGUGUUUUCUGAGGAGGGGGUCAAGCUCAGUGACAAUGGGUUUGAUCUCAUUCCUGGGGACGAACCGGUUUCGGUAAAGCUGGAAGGGGCCGCCCAGGAGCCUUCUUGGACAUUUGUUGGCCGCUGA